GAGAGGAGGCGAUGUGAGGAAGCUGCAAUAAACACACAGGGCGUCUGCGCCUAUCUAAGUAGGACAAUAAAGUGAAAACGGCAUCAAUGCUCUAACAAUGGAUUUGUCACAUACCCUUCUCCUUAAAGUUUUCCUCUUCGUGUACUUGCUAAACUACACCCAAGGACACUAUAGAAAUCCCCUAAACAAGUACAUCCGCCACUAUGAAGGCCUGUCCUAUGACACAGAGCUUGUGCACAGCAAGCAUCAGAGGGCCAAGAGGGCACUCUCUCAUGAAGACAAGUACCUGCAUUUAGAUUUUCAUGCCCAUGGAAGGCACUUUAAUUUACGAAUGAAGAGAGAUACCACCUUGUUUUCCCCAGAUUUGAAGGUAGAUGUUUCAGGUGAAGAGAUUCCGUAUGAUACCUCUCACAUCUACACUGGAGAAAUCUUUGGCGAGAAAGGCACAUCGACUCAUGGCUCCAUUGUGGAUGGUAAAUUUGAGGGUUUUAUUCAGAGCUACCAUGGCACUUACUACGUGGAGCCUGCGGAGAGAUACCUUGAGGACAAGGACGUGCCCUUCCACUCUGUCAUCUACCAUGAAGAUGACAUACACUACCCGCACAAGUAUGGCCCAGAGGGAGGCUGUGCCGAUAGCUCUGUGUUUGAAAAGAUGAAGAAAUACCAAACCUCUGUCGUGGAGCAGCCCCCUAAGGAAGUCCACACUGAUCUGGACACCCAGCUGCUGAGAAAGAAGAGGAUGGCCCAGGCUGAGAAAAACACAUGUCAGCUUUUUAUUCAGACCGACCACCUCUUCUUCAAGUAUUACAAGAGUAGAGAAGCUGUCAUAGCGCAGAUCUCCAGUCAUGUGAAGGCCAUUGAUGCCAUUUAUCAAGGCACAGACUUCAUGGGCAUUCGUAACAUCAGUUUCAUGGUGAAACGGAUCCGGAUAAACACCACCAGUGAUGAGAGGGACAAGUCCAACCCAUUCCGCUUUGCCAACAUUGGUGUGGAGAAGUUUUUGGAGCUGAACUCGGAGCAGAACCACGACGACUACUGCUUGGCUUAUGUUUUCACUGACAGAGAUUUUGACGAUGGGGUGCUGGGUUUGGCCUGGGUGGGAGCGCCCUCAGGGAGCUCUGGAGGCAUCUGUGAAAAAAGCAAGCUGUACUCAGACGGAAAAAAGAAGUCUCUCAACACUGGUAUAAUCACUGUACAGAACUACGCCUCCCACGUACCUCCGAAAGUCUCCCAUAUCACUUUUGCACACGAAGUAGGCCACAACUUUGGCUCCCCGCAUGACUCUGGAUCUGAGUGCACACCAGGGGAAUCCAAAAGCCAAGACAAGAAGGAGAAGGGCAAUUAUAUCAUGUAUGCAAGGGCUACAUCUGGAGACAAGCUUAACAACAACAAGUUCUCCCUCUGCAGCAUUCGCAACAUCAGCCAGGUGCUGGAAAAAAAGAGGAACAACUGCUUCGUCGAGUCCGGCCAGCCCAUCUGUGGUAAUGGUAUGGUGGAGCCUGGUGAGCAGUGCGAUUGUGGCUACAGCGAUCAGUGCAAGGACAAGUGCUGCCAUGAUGCCAACCAGCCUGACAACAAGAAGUGCACAUUAAAGGACCAUACAGUCUGCAGUCCCAGCCAGGGUCCUUGUUGUACAAGCGAAUGCAUUUACAAGGCUCGCGGUGACAAGUGCCGAGAGGAGUCGGAGUGCGCUCACCAUGGCGUGUGUAAGGGCGACAGCGCCCAGUGCCCCACGUCGGAGCCCAAGGCCAACUUCACCGCCUGCCACGGAGAGACUCAAGUCUGCCUCAACGGGGGCUGCUCCGGCUCCAUCUGUGAGAAGUACGGGCUCGAGGCGUGUACCUGUGCCAGCCAAGAUGGCAAGGAUGAGACCGAGCUUUGCCACGUGUGCUGCAUGGAGAAAACAAAUCCCAGCACAUGCAGCAGCACAGGAUCAGAGCGCCUGGCUCGUUUCUUCAAUAAAAAGGUCACCACGUUGCCAGCUGGCUCGCCUUGCAACGACUUUAAGGGCUACUGCGAUGUGUUCAUGAAGUGCCGACUGGUGGACGCAGAUGGGCCACUUGCCAGACUAAAGAAGGCCAUCUUUAACCCUGAGCUGUAUGAGAACAUCGCCGAGUGGAUUGUGGCUUACUGGUGGGCAGUGCUCUUGAUGGGUAUCGCCCUCAUCUUGCUUAUGGCUGGUUUCAUUAAGAUCUGUAGUGUGCAUACUCCCAGCAGCAACCCCAAACUUCCACCACCCAAACCACUUCCAGGGACUUUGAAAAGACGACGAGCGCAGCAGCAUGCUAGCUCUCAGGUGCAGCACCAAUCCCAGCACCCGCACGGCCACAGCGGACACGGGGGCCACGGCGGCCAGCGGCAGGCACAGAGGCAGCCUCAGCGCCAGGCACAGCCCCAGAGGCACCACCGUCAGCCCAGAGAGAACUAUCAGAUGGGCCAGAUGAGACGCUGAGACCCUGCACCCAGCUCCCCCCUGCUCCCCCCCCAAUGCCUUGGCUCCUCCUUGUGCCUACAGAGGGAAACAAAAGCGUCACUCCAUCCAAAGAAACGCCUGACAUGGUUGUUAGUCAUCAUCAUAUCCUCCAACUACAGACAAAACAAGACACGCGAAAAAGAGAAAACGCUAUUCAGCAACUCGAUUGGCUCUUUGUGGAGGGGACUUGACCAUCAGCCAUUUCCACUGCAGUGCGAUCUAGCAAAUUUCUUUUCCCCAUCGUUUUUUCUUUUUUUUCUUUAAGGAGUGCCAAGGAGUUAAGGAAUCAUUUGUAGCUUUAGUUCAUUCUGUGGUUUGUUUUGUUUUUCUUUUUUCUUCAUCUGCAACAUCUUCUUGAGUGACAGGCCCGUAGCUGCUGGUGAACUCUUUUUUUUUAUCUUUUUGUUUUCGUUCUUUUGUUUUUGUCAUCUUAACCAGGAAUGAGAGACACUCAGUGGGGAUUCGCGGCACUUUUGUGAUUUCACACAUGUCAAACGGCAAAAGACACAGGCUCCGGUCUCUCGUGCAGACGGUCUUCUGCAUGUGAUUGUAAAUAUUUAGUGUAUCAUAAGUGAAAACAAACUAUUUCUUCUACUGUAAAUGUGUAAUUCUUCAUUUUUUUUUUUGUUUUCUUUAAUUUUUCGGUUAGUGCUCUCAGGAUUCUUAACACAUAAAUGAAAGAAUGACGGUUGUGGUGAGUUCCUUGGACGCUGCCGUUGAGGAUUUGACGCCAUCGAGUUCUCUCAGCGGUCCAAUCAGGUGGAUCUCUCUCACUUUCAUGAACUCGCUAGGUUUUGAUUUGCUUUUCUUUGAACAACAAGGUCGCCAUAUCCCACGUUUUAGGCCUUCUCUGUUCAAGGUCCCUUUAUUUCACCAUUUGUUUUUUUAAAAAUUGUCUCGCUAACAUCAUGUCUUGCCCCUGUUGUACAACAAACUGGACGAGGUCAGAAACAGAAGGAGAAAUCGCCUAGUUUGGUGCAACCGUUUACUGUCUGUUUCUUUGUUUCUUUGUUUGUUUUUGAUAAUAAUGAAGAACGAAUAACCACUAACUGAAGCUGAUGUUGAUCCUGCCUGUUCAGAUAUGAAGUCGAGGUGAAGAGUGAAGGCUGCUGUGGCGUAGUGUAGAAGUGAGAGUGUAUCAUGUUACAGAGUUAGUUUACAUGAGUGUGGAAAUAAAUUUUAAAAAUGACUUAAAAAAAAAAAGAUGGAAUCAUUCUAUUAUUCUUCAGAUAGCGAAACUAAGAAGUUUUUAAUGUGGGCAUGCAGACACAUUUAUUAAAUGUGACUAUUAAUUGA